AUCAAUAAUAAUAUUAUUCAUAUCAAGCUAUAUUGCGCUAGCUCUAUCAUUUAUUUAUCUCUGCACCCCAUGAACCCCUCAUUCUCAUCAUUUAUAUACUUGUCUUCUUCUUCCCUUACUCAACUAAAAACUUAAAUAUUGAAACUCACCCUCUAGACUUUCAGCUAAUCGAAUCAAAUGGCUACCAACUUCAUAACAUGCUUCCUCUCUCUCUUACUCUUCUUAUCGCAGUUUUAUUCUAAUGAAUCUACCAUCACCGGCGCCAACAAGACGGAGUUCUUCGUCCUCAUGAAGAAAUCUCUCUUUGGUGCCUCCUUGGACGAUUGGUACGUCGGACCCGGGUCUAAAAUACCAAUAUGCAGCUUCUCCGGCAUAGCAUGCGACACUGGAGGCCACGUCAUCAAAAUCGACCUGUACGGUUGGUCAAUCUCAGGGAAAUUUCCGGCGAACAUCUGUUAUUAUCUGCCAGAAUUAAGGGUCCUUCGUCUCGGGCGAAACCGGCUCUCCGGUGAGUUUCCGGAGACCAUCGCCAACUGCACUCAGCUUGAAGAGCUGGACAUGAGUCACCUCUUCCUCACUGGAACUCUGCCCGAUUUUUCCUCAAUGAAAGCUCUGAGGAUUCUCAACCUCUCUUACAACCUUUUCCGAGGACAGUUCCCCGUUUCGGUCGUCAACCUGACCAACCUGGAAGUCCUUAACUUCAACGAGAAUGGAAACUUCAACUUAUGGCAACUGCCGGAGACUAUCGCCGGCUUAAAGAAGCUCAAGACGAUGGUGCUGACCACCUGCAUGGUGUACGGAAAAAUCCCACGGUCCAUCGGGAACAUGACGUCACUAGUCGACCUAGAGCUGAGCGGGAACUUCAUAUCGGGUGAAAUCCCGGUCGAGAUCGGGUUGCUGAAGAACAUCAAAUUUCUCGAGCUAUACUACAACCAGCUGGUGGGACCAAUACCUGAGGAGCUAGGAAACCUGACGGAGCUCAGUGACUUGGACAUGUCGGUCAACCAUUUGACUGGUCAAAUUCCGGUCUCGGUGUGCCGUUUGCCCAAUCUUCAUGUGUUGCAGCUCUACAACAACAGCCUCAAAGGAGAAAUCCCAAGUGUGAUAGCUGAAUCAACGACACUAAGGAUCUUGUCGCUUUACGACAAUUACUUGACAGGUCAAGUACCCCGGAAUCUGGGUCAGUCGUCGCCUAUGGUUGUCCUUGACUUGUCAGAAAACAACUUGACAGGACCACUCCCUGCUGACGUUUGCCUAGCAGGUAAGUUACAAUAUUUUUUGGUACUUGAUAACAUCUUCACAGGGGAGUUGCCUCAGAGCUAUGGAAACUGCUACUCUUUACUGAGGUUUAGAGUGAGUUCUAAUCAUUUAGUUGGCUCAAUCCCCGAGGGACUGCUGGCUCUCCCUCAUGUUUCGAUCGUAGAUCUGGGUUACAAUAAUUUCAGUGGCCCAAUUUCUGAUUCCAUUGGAAGAGCUCGAAACUUGUCUGAGUUGUUCAUACAGAACAAUAAAAUUUCAGGGGUGCUUCCCCUUGAGAUUUCUAGAGCUACCAAUUUGGUAAAAAUUGAUCUCAGCAAUAAUCUUCUUUCGGGUCCAAUCCCACCCCAGAUUGGAAGCUUGAAAAAACUGAAUUUGCUUCUUUUACAAGGCAACAAGUUGAAUUCUUCAAUCCCAGCUGACUCACUUUCUUCCCUAAAAUCUCUAAACGUUCUUGACCUUUCCAACAAUCUUUUGACUGGGAAUAUCCCAGAGAGUCUCUGUGAGCUUUUACCAAACUCAAUCAAUUUCUCCAACAACAACCUCUCAGGUCCAAUCCCACCUUCAUUGAUCAAAGGAGGAUUAGUAGAAAGUUUUUCAGGUAACCCGGGUCUAUGCGUUGACUCAUCAGUGGCGGUCAAAUCCUCUAAUUCCCGUAAGAACGUAACGUUCCCUCUCUGCCCAUCACGCUCUUACAACCAAAAGAAACUAAACUCCAUCUGGGCAAUAUCAAUAUCAGUCGUGAUCCUUCUAAUCGGUGUCGUUUUGUUCAUUAAGCGUCGUUUUGGCAAAGAACGAGCUUCAGUGGAAAACGACGAGACACUAUCCUCUUACUUCUCCUACGAAGUCAAGAGCUUCCAUCGCAUAACGUUUGACCAACGUGAGAUCAUGGAAGCUAUGGUUGAUAAGAACAUAGUGGGCCGUGGUGGGUCCGGCACGGUGUACAAGAUCGAGCUGAGGAACAAAGAAGUUGUGGCAGUCAAACGGUUAUGGAGUAGAACAGAACAGAAGUGGACUUCGGAAGAUGAUGACCAAUUGAUACUGAAUAAGGAGCUCAAAACAGAGGUCGAGACUUUGGGGAGCAUAAGGCAUAAGAAUAUAGUCAAGUUGUAUUGUUAUUUCUCGAGCUUGGAUUGCAAUCUUUUGGUGUAUGAGUACAUGCCUAAUGGAAAUCUUUGGGAUGCACUUCACAAAGGGUGGACUAAUUUCAUUUUGGAUUGGCCAACUAGGCACCAGAUUGCUCUAGGGAUAGCUCAAGGCUUGGCUUAUCUCCACCAUGAUCUUCCUCGUCCCAUUAUUCAUAGAGAUAUUAAGUCCACUAAUAUUCUUCUUGAUGUGAAUUAUCAUCCAAAGGUGGCUGAUUUUGGUAUAGCCAAGGUUUUGCAAGCUAGAGGAGGGAAGGAUUCCACCACCACUGUUAUAGCUGGCACCUAUGGUUACUUGGCUCCGGAAUAUGCAUAUUCAUCGAAAGCGACUACAAAGUGUGAUGUGUACAGUUUUGGAGUGGUUCUAAUGGAGCUGAUAACAGGGAAAAAGCCAGUGGAGUCUGAGUUUGGAGAGAACAAGAACAUCAUUUUUUGGGUUUCCAACAAGGUGGAUACCCGAGAAGGAGCCAUGGAGGUACUUGACCAAACUUUAUCCGAUUCGUAUAAGGAUGAGAUGAUCCAAGUCCUCCGGGUUGCGGUUCGGUGCACCUACAAGAACCCGGCUCUCCGACCAACUAUGAAGGAGGUCGUUCAGUUGCUCUUGGAGGCUGAUCCAUGCAAAUUCGAUACCUCCAAGUAUAAAACCAAUUCUUCUUCUACUGCUACUACUAUUACUAAUGAGUACCCAUUAAAUACUAUCAAGGUAAAAAGUGAUCAGUUUGAUGAAUUAUGAUUUGUUCUUAAUUGUGACACUUGUUUGAGUGAAGAUCAUCAUUCAAGGUUAUGUAAUAUUAUAUUAUAUCAUAAAUAGGGUCCGUUAAUGGGUCUCCUUGAAUCUAAUUGAGAGCCUCAUCUUAUUUGUGAUGGAGCAACUAAUUCUCUCUCUUUUAUUUAUUAUUAUUAAUGAAAAAGUGGGCUUCUAGAUUCUGUACC